AUGUUCCAUACAAAGACGGUUGAUGAGGUACUCAGGGCUUUCGAUGUGUCUCCAGACGAAGGCCUGAGUGAUGAACAAGUUGAAAGUAGAUCAGAGCAAUAUGGAUUGAAUGAAUUACCGCAUGAUGAAGGAAAGCCACUAUGGAAGCUUGUUUUGGAGCAAUUUGAUGACCUACUAGUGAAGAUAUUACUAGUCGCUGCUGUGAUUUCCUUCGUUCUGGCCUUGUUUGAGGAUUCGGAGGACUCUGCAACUGCCUUUGUUGAACCAUUUGUGAUUCUGUUGAUUCUUAUCUUAAAUGCAAUUGUUGGCGUUUGGCAGGAACGGGAUGCUGAAUCGGCGAUUGAAGCUCUUAGGGAGUAUGAAUCUGAUGAUGCCAAGGUUAUCCGUCAAAACCACAAGGGUAUUCAGCGCAUCAAAGCAAAAUAUAUAGUUCCUGGGGAUAUUGUUGAAGUAUCAGUUGGGGAUAAGGUUCCUGCUGAUAUUCGCAUAAUCAAAAUAUCUAGUACGAAUCUUCGUGUUGAUCAGUCAAUCUUAACCGGGGAAUCUGUUUCCGUCAUCAAAUUUACUGAAACUAUUUCUGAUGCUGGUGCUGUCAAUCAGGACAAGAAAAACCUUUUAUUCUGCGGCACGAAUAUAGCGUCAGGAAAGUGCCGUGGUGUUGUUAUCGCGACCGGUCUUAAUACUGAAAUUGGAAAAAUCCGCAAUCAAAUAAUGGAAACGGAACAGGAAAAAACUCCACUUACCCAAAAGUUAGAUGAGUUCGGUGAGCAGUUGUCGAAGGUUAUUACCCUUAUUUGUAUUGCUGUGUGGGUAAUCAACAUUGGCCAUUUCAACGACCCUGCCCACGGCGGAUCUUGGCUUCGUGGUGCCAUUUACUACUUCAAGAUUGCUGUAGCUUUGGCCGUUGCGGCAAUACCUGAAGGUUUGCCCGCCGUUAUAACCACUUGUCUUGCUCUGGGCACACGUCGUAUGGCCCGUAAAAAUGCCAUCGUACGCUCUCUGCCUUCAGUGGAGACACUAGGUUGCACCAGUGUCAUUUGCUCUGAUAAGACUGGUACUCUCACUACUAACCAGAUGACUGUGUGUCGCAUGUUCACUUUUGCUAGUGCAAACUCUGGCCAAAAUGCGGCAGGGGAUCUGAAAAGUAACUUCAGAUUUGAUGAAUACGAGAUCACUGGCUCUAAAUACGCUCCUGAAGGAGAAGUUUUAAAAUAUGGCAAAAAGUUCAACUGCGCUUCGAAUUCGUGUUUGAUUGAGUUGGCCAACAUUUGUGCGCUCUGUAAUGACUCAUCUCUCGAGUACAGUGUUGCAAGAAAAGCUUUUGAAAAGGUUGGAGAAGCCACUGAAGCGGCGCUCACUUGCCUUGUUGAGAAAAUGAACGUUACCGGUGUGGAUAAGUCGGAUCUGAGCAAACGAGAACUGGCUAUGGUCUGCAGCCAUGCUAUCACGAAAAUGUUCAAGAAGGAAUUUACUAUGGAAUUCUCUCGUGAUCGAAAAUCUAUGUCUGUCUAUGUCACAAAGCGCGGUGACACUCUUGGACCGGGAAAAUUGUUUGUUAAGGGUGCUCCGGAGUCAAUUCUUGAUCGUUGCACUCAGAUGCGAAUUCCCAACAACACUCUCCCUCUAACUGCACAGAUGAAAAAUGAAAUUCUAUCUAAGUUAGCCACCUACGCCACUGGUCGAGAGACUAUGCGGUGCCUGGCUCUUGCGACCGUCGAUAAUCCACCGCCUGCUUCCGAAUUUAAGCUGGAUGAAAUUUCCACAUUCAAAGAUUACGAGAAAAACAUGACCUUAAUCGGUGUUGUUGGAAUGCUUGACCCUCCUCGGCCUGAGGUGGCGGAGAGUAUUAGACUGUGCAAACGCGCUGGUAUCAGAGUUAUAGUAAUAACUGGUGAUAACAAGGCUACCGCGGAAUCCAUAUGCCGAAAGAUCGGCCUCUUUGAAGAGCACGAGAAGACUGAAGGAAAAUCGUUCACUGGUCGUGAAUUUGAUAACCUCACACCCAAAGAAAUGGCCGCUGCCGUUCGCAAGUCCAAGCUCUUUGCCCGUGUCGAGCCAGCACACAAGAGCAAGAUUGUGGCAUUCCUUCAGGCUGACGGUGAGGUCUCAGCUAUGACUGGCGACGGUGUGAAUGAUGCACCCGCGCUGAGAAAAGCCGAGAUCGGUAUUGCUAUGGGCAGUGGAACGGCUGUUGCCAAAUCAGCUUCGGAAAUGAUUCUCGCUGAUGACAAUUUCUCUACAAUUGUUGCUGCUGUUGAGGAGGGUCGUGCGAUCUACAAUAACAUGAAGCAGUUUAUCCGCUACCUCAUCUCCUCCAAUAUUGGUGAAGUUGUCUGUAUUUUUCUCACUGCUGCGCUCGGUCUUCCUGAGGCUUUGGUCCCAGUGCAACUACUGUGGGUAAACCUGGUAACCGACGGUCUUCCGGCUACGGCUCUGGGCUUCAACCCACCCGACGUCGAUAUAAUGGAACGGCCUCCACGUAGUUCCAAGGAACCUCUCAUUAGCGGGUGGCUAUUCUUCCGCUACCUAGUUGUCGGCACCUACGUCGGUGUUGCUACUGUUGGCGCUUCUGCCUGGUGGUUCCUUAUCAAUCCUGCCGGUCCGCGCGUCUCCUACUAUCAGCUGGCAAUUGACAAAGUCGACUUUCAAGGUGUUUCCUGCUCAGUUUUCUCAAGCGCAAAACCCAUGACAUUGGCACUGUCUGUACUCGUUGUUAUUGAAAUGUUAAAUGCUCUCAACAGCCUUUCAGAAAAUCAGUCGCUUGUUGUGAUGCCACCGUGGAGAAAUAUGUGGCUUCUUAUUGCUAUUGCAUUCAGCAUGAUCCAACAUUUCACCAUCCUUAAUGUUCCUUUCUUGGCGAACGUUUUCCAAAUUUCUCCUCUCAGUUUUGCUGAAUGGGUAGUGGUAUUAAAGAUAUCUUUCCCCGUGCUUCUCCUUGACGAAACUAUGAAAAUGCUUUCCCGUUGUGUACAAGACGGUCACUCGUUCGCAUUGGAGGAGAACUCCUCGUCAAUGUUACCAUGUGAUGUACUAAUUCAGGGGUCAACUAGUUUGGGAGUCAGUUUCAAGGAAAGCGACAUUGAUGCAGUUUUGGUCACCCCAAACUUCGUCUAUCGCGAGGACUUUUUUACCUCAUUUGCAGAAAUUUUGCGCAAAAAUAAGAAUAUCCAGGACUUGCUGGUUAUUACUGACACGUUUGUGCCACUAAUCAAAAUGAAAUUUGACGGAACCUCUGUUGACUUGAUAAUGAGCCGGUUUAAUCUACCAUACGUACCUUCGCCUAUAAUUUUCGACCAGGAGCCAGAAGUAUUUUAUUUCGAUGUCGAUCAAUACUCUGUUCACGGCUUGUCAGGUCUCCAUCUUUCACGAAAAAUUCGUGACCUUGUUCCUAAUUUUCCCCUCUUUGCGGACUUGCUUAAAGUCAUAAAAAUAUGGGCAUCUCGACGCCUUAUUUCCGAUUACGUAUAUGGAUUUCCAGCGAGUGUAGCAUGGGCUGUACUUUGUGCAUACAUAUGCAUACACACCACAAGAUUUAUAUUUUUUGCCUAUUUUUCUAACUGGGUUUGGCCUAGCCCCGUCAUGAUUGCCCCUAUAGUUACGGUCCCUAACCUGCGCUUAUAUUCAUGGGAUCCAAGAAUGGAUAUACAGAAUGGGCAUGAAAUUAUGCCAAUUAUAACUCCAAUUUUUCCCCAUAAAAACGCGGCCUAUACUGUUAGACCUUCAAGCCGAGACAUUGUAGUGAAGGAACUACAACGCGGUGAGUUCUUCACAAAGAAAAUUAGAAGUUGA